AUGCUCACCUCCAAGACCAUACCAGAUCGUAAAGAUCUGGUUGACUACAAUUAUGCAGUUGCGGGACAUGCAGGCACUCUAUGCGAUCCAGAUGGCGAACUAUUCAUUAAGCCCGCGACGAAGCAGGAGGUCGAGUUUUACGAGUCGGCUAAUGCACAACACCCCGACCUCGCCGACAUAAUGCCCGUCUUCAUGGGCACGCUGCAGCUCAACAACCACACCGACAUCAGCUCCAUCAACGAGCAGCUCCCCGUCGUCUCGGACGUGCUUAGCGAGCACCUGAAGGAGGAGGUGGUCGCGCUGGCGCACCAGCUGCAUCCAGAGCCAGAGGCCCCGGCACCGGGUGAGGAGAGCAUCGCGUGGCGGCCGAACCGUAACAAGAAGAUAGCCACCGACAUCGCCAUCGUGCUCGAGAACACCGCCUACGGCUUCUCGCGGCCAAACAUCAUGGACUGCAAGCUCGGCGUCAGGCUGUGGGCGGACGACGCGCCCGAGGAGAAGAAGCGGCGGUUCGACAAGAUCAGCGCCGAGACGACGCACAAGGAGCUGGGGUUCCGUGUCGCCGGUAUGCGCGUGUACCGCGGCUCCGAGAGGGACGAGGAGCUCGACCCGGAGGAGUACAAAAAGUACGACAAAGACUGGGGCCGCUUCAGCGUCAGCACCCCGACCGUCGUCGAGUCGAUGCGCAGGUUCCUCUUCAACCCACGCAGCGGCGUAAGCGAAGAGGACGCAAAAUUCGUCGCCGAGGCCUUUUGCGAGGAGCUCAAAAAGGCGGAGAAGCGCCUGGCGGCCGAGGAGACGCGAAUGUACUCGGCGUCGCUUCUGUUCGUCUUUGAGGGCGACGGCCCUGCUCUGAAGCACGCCAUCAAGGUCAACGCGGAGGCGGCGGCGCGCAAGGAGGCGCGGAUGACGGAGAGGCAGCGGCUCAAGGAUCUGGCCAGGCGUGAGGCCGAGGCCGAGGCCGCUGCGCACAAGGGUCGGUCACCAUCAAAUGCCGCAGCCCGGGUUGACAGCGGCAUCGACGUUAGUGGGGAUGACGAUGUGCUAAUGAGGAAGGUUGCCGGUGCUAUAGACGGUUACUAUGACGAUGACGACGACGAUUUGAGCAGCGACGGGUCGGUGGAAACCCUUGAGCCCGUCCUGCAGCUGAGGUUGAUCGAUUUUGCGCACGCCGCAUGGGUACCUGGGCAGGGGCCGGACGAGAAUGUUCUCAAGGGCGUGAGGAGUCUGAUCAGGAUAUUUGAUGAGAUGUCGCGAUGA